UUCCUUUCCGUGUUCCUGAACUGGUUGUUGUUCGUCUGUCAUGUACUCGUGUGAGCGUUCUUCUUUCGCCUAAAUGCCUUUAUUAGGUGCUGGAUGGUUAUCUGGUUAUGCUGUUACAAACCUUUUUCUGAGAUCGACCUCAUCGUGUGCUAGAAUCACGGCUUCAAACAAAGCUGAGCAGUGUCGGUGGCUUUCAUCAAGUGACGGAAAAUCAUCAAAGCCCACUGGCCAUGUCACCCAAACAUCGGCUACUCCCUCUUCAAAGCCUCCAAAUGUCCUUAUUUACACUGGAAUGAAAGACAGUGACAACAAGAAGUUCAGUGUUGUGAAGCAGGCACUAGCACAAGUUCUAAAUUUGCAUAGUUAUGUUAUCUACAGACUUUAUGAACAGCAGGUCACUUCUCAUCCAUGGAUUGAGAAUACGGCUCUCUUAGUUCUUGGGAACAAUGAUCCUGUAUCAUCAAAAGUUCAACAAGCAUUUUUUGAGUACCUUAGAGGUGGAGGUCAGAUUUUUGGUUUGUGUAGUCCAUUUACGUGUCACGUGAUCAAGAAGUCAUGGCAUGAACAGUUUAAGCCUUUUAUUGCUUCUGUUAAAGUGAAUCAUCUAGAACUACCUUAUGGAGACUCAAAAAAAUUCUUGGCACUUUGUGAACCCUAUUAUUUUGAAGCAGGAGCCAAAACAACAGUUGUUGCCGAAGAAGAAUCAUCAAGGAAACCUGUAAUUGUUCAGAUCUCUGAAGGUCUUGGAAGUGCUGUGUUCAGUCUUGUUCAUUUAGAGUCAUUCACAGACAACAUAAGAAUACAUGAUGACGAAUUACAUGCACAAACCUUAGAUCUUUUGAGACAGUCAGAUGACGCCAGGAUAAGCUCAUUAUCACAGAUCUUGCAACUCUUAGGAAUGAACUGUCUGCCACGUGAAGUUCCAGAACUGAUGCCAGUUUUUCUUCUUGCAAACAAAUUAGAUAAAGAGAAGUUCUUUCACUCUCUGAGAACAUCACUGGAUGCAGAUAUUUGUUCUGGAAAGGAUCUGUCUUUGCAUUUUGUGCCAAAUGGAGAAACUAUUCCAAAGGCUACAGAAAGGACAUUGCCAGUUGUUACCAGAGAAGACAACAUCAAAGCAGUUUCAUUUGACUGGAAGAAAUACCAGGAUAACUUGCUAACCAAAGUGUUGGGUCAUGUGGUGUUAUACAGUGAUGUGAUAACAUCGACCCAAACAGUUUUUGAUGGGAAUUAUACAUUUACAAGAAAUAUCCCAGAAGAUUUGGGCAUUGUAGUCAUUGCUGGGCAGCAAAUGAAAGGUCAAGGUCGAGGUGGAAAUAUCUGGCUGUCUCCUGCUGGUUGUAUGAUGUUCUCUCUUCAUGUGAGGAUUCCCUUUGCUUCCAAUCUUGGUCAACGACCGCCCUACUUACAGCACAUCGCCUCCUUGGCAGCUGUGGAGGCAGUCAGAUCCCAGCCAGGAUAUGAAGAUAUUGAUGUGUGUCUCAAGUGGCCAAAUGACAUAUAUUUUGGCCAGAAGAUAAAGAUUGGAGGUGUUAUUGUGACCUCGUCAGCCACAAGUGGCACACUUAGUGCAGUCAUAGGAAUGGGAAUAAACAUAACCAACAAAGAGCCUACCAUCAGCAUCAAUGAGAUCAUUGCACAAUACAACAAAGAUCACAAGACGAGCUUGCAGCCACUAACUAUCGAGGAGACAUUGGCAAGAACAAUCAACAAAGUGGAGGAACUUAUUGAUGACUUUCAAGAAAAUGGUUCAGAUUUAUUUCUGAAAAAGUACUAUAACCGAUGGCUCCACAGUAAUGUGAAAGUGAACCUGUCAGUGAAUGAUAAGAUGGAGGAAGUUACAAUUAAAGGGCUUGAUGACUUUGGUUUUCUAUUGGUGGAAACAACAUCUGGUGAAUCAUUAUCUGUACAACCAGAUGGAAACAGCUUUGAUAUGCUGCGAAAUCUCAUUGCCAUGAAAAAGAGCUAGCAGUGUUUGAACUAUUUUGCA